GUUUUAGGAAACGUCUAAAUGUCUUCCUUCCGCGAGUACACACUACAAAACAAAGUAAGACACACAGCAAAGGCUUUAUGAAUAUCUUGCCUUUGUUUAGAGAUAACAACUACAACGAAAAAAAUCAAAUACUUACUUGGUCUCGGCGGGGGGAGGAAGAACUGAAGUGAAGAGGGAGGGUAAAGAAAUGUCAUUAAUGUUGAAACAGUGUUUUGUGUUGUGUUUUGGUGAAUUAAAUUCUUAAUUAUAUGAAAUAUAAAAUGAACAGUAUUAUUUAUCCCAUAUUUUUGAGUUACACUAAUGUUACAUAGCAUAAAUCAUUGAAUACUCCAACAGUCAUCUUAUAAGAACACGCAAAAUGGAAGAAGAAUUAAGGUGCUUCGUUUGCAAGGAAUUUUAUAGAGAGCCAGUGUUAUUGCCUUGCGGGCACGCUCUAUGCCGAGCUUGUGCUGUUAGUCUUCAAAACCACGUGCAUGAAAAUGACAAUCCAGCUUCAAAUAACGAUUACCAAGAGGCAGACAAAGCGUCGGUGUCAAGCGAGACUGACAGCGGUGUGGUAUGUGGAUCAAGGCCUAACAGUUACGCGGGGACACCUGCCGCACACGUUUAUUCGUCGGCAGCGUUUAGUUUAUCUUGCCCGGUGUGCAACAAGCAGGUGAAUUUGGACGAAAAUGGGGCUGAUGGACUCCCGCCUUUUCGAGUUAUGCGAACAAUCGUGGAACGAUUCGGCGGUGUCAGCGGUGCUCCCCCUGCGGAAGAAGCAUGCCAGAUGUGUGAGGGUGAGCGGCGAGCGGCUGUGGUACGGUGUGAGCAGUGCUCGGUGCGCUAUUGUGCUGGCUGUCGAGAUGCUUGGCACCCUAUACGCGGCCCACUCGCGCAGCACGAGUUGAGAGCUCUAGGUACUACAUGCUCAGAUCACGGUUCUCCACCUGCAUUAUUCUGCAACACUUGCCUAGUCCCAAUUUGCCAACGUUGUCUUGCCGAACGUCAUAAUGCCCACGAAACACAACAACUCUCUACUGCUGCUAGAACUCACAAGACUGAACUCUCACAAUCAUUGCAGCAGCUUUCGGAACAGGCUAAAGCAAUGACUGAAUAUAUCCAACUAGUCAAAAGCUCAGGGGAAAAAAUUAAUGAUUCUUGUGAAGAAAUGGAGAAACAAAUAGAUGAUGCCUGCUCAGAAGUGACCCGAGCCAUUGAAAGGAGACGUGAUGAACUGAUCAGAGCAGCGCGGCACACACGCUCCCAGGCUAUUGCCAAUAUGCGUUCCCUCACAUCCCACGCUGCACAAAAAUUACGAGAAGCAACAGCAUUGCUGCACUUCUCCAUUGAAGCUCUCAAGGAAUCUGACCCAGCUGCAUUUUUACAGGUGGGUAGCAUCCUGUCGUCGCGUGCGCAGGUGACUGCGUCAGGUUUGUGUUCUUCGCUGGAGCCGGCGCCCGCGCCGCCCGCCCUCACGCUCGACAUCGAGCCCAUACUGCGCACCGUUAACACCAUGAACUUCAUCGAAUGUAUUCCGCCGGGCGCGCCGCAGCUGGCGGUGGAGGCGUGCGCGGCGCGCGGCAGCUCGUGCACGCUGGCGUGGCGCCCGCCCGCCGCGCGCGCCGCCGUGCGCGGGUACGUGCUGGAGCUGGACGACGGGCUGGGGGGGCCCUUCCGGGAAGUGUAUUGCGGGCGUGAGACGUUGUGCACCAUCGACGGGCUGCACUACGCGUCGCUGUACAGCGCGCGGGUGAAGGCGUUCAACGGAGCUGGCGAGGGGCCCUACAGCGAGGUUAUUGGCCUGCAGACUUCACCUGUGGCGUGGUUCACGUGGGACGCGCGCUGCGCGGAGCCGGCGGGCGGGCUGGCGGUGAGCGCCGACGGGCUGACGGCGUGCGCGGCCGGCUGGCAGCCGCGCGUGGCGCUCGCCGACCAGCCGCUGGCGCGCGGCCUGCACUACUGGCGCCUGCGGCUCGACCACUACGACGGCGACGCCGACCCCGCCUUCGGCAUCGCGCGCGCCGACGUCGCCCGCGACAAGAUGCUGGGCAGCGACGCGCUGGGCUGGGCGAUGUACAUCGACGCGCAGCGCUCGUGGUUCGUGCACGGCGGCGCGCACGGCGGGCGCGCGGCGGGCGGCGUGGCGCGCGGCGCGUGCGUGGGCGUGCUGCUGGACCUGGCGCGCGGCACGCUGCGCUUCAGCGUCGACGGGCGCCCGCAGGGUGAGGUGGCGUUCACCGGUCUCCGCGGCACGUUCUACCCGGCCGUGUCUUUGAACCGCGGCGUGGCCGUGACGCUGCAGCCGGGACUCACGCCACCGCCCGAACUGCUCAUGGAGCGGCUCGCCAUCGAGUGAACAGUAUCCGACUGUUUAUAUACUGAUCAAUUCAUAUAGCAAUAGCACCGGACGGACUUUCUACGGGUGCUCUAUAGAGUGCCCAAUAUUACACUUUCUAUGACGGACUAACCUUUAAUGGGCGAUAGAUCAAUCAUUAUACACAGCGAACCUAUCACAAUAUUACAAAAUGAGCGAGUCACAGUACUUACCUUAAAGUCUUAUUUAUUACAUUCUGGCCCCGAUUCCUGCAGACAUCUCUUAAUUUUACUUUAAGUUAUACCUGUCAUUUUCUUAUCCGCCGAAAAGGAAAGGGACGGAUGAUUGACAGCUCUUAAUUUUAGGAAGAAUGAGUAAAUAAAUGAAUAACCCGGGCGAAUUUUUAGACGGUUGUUUUAGAUUUGUGCUUAAAAUUGACGUGUGUUCCAUAAAUUUUAUGCUUGUCGAUUACCCGUCCCUUUCCUUUUCGGCGGAUAAGAAAAUGACAGAUAUAACCUAAAAUAAAAUUAGAUGGUAUUUACAGGAAUUAGCACCACUGGCCAUUCAGGCCACAGUAUUCUAUAUCCAUCAAUUUAUCUUCAUGUAACUUUACGUUACACAAUAAUGUUUUAUUAUUAAUUUGUGUUCAUAACUGCACGUUAAGCAUUUUAAUGACCUAAUAUUAUGCACAUGACAAUAAUUUGUUUGACUAUGAAUGUAGAAGGGAAACGGUGACGAGAGCCUGUAAGUGCCAUUCGAUUGAACGCAAUUAGCAUCGAAUUUACCGUAAUCUUCAUUGUAUAGCCGCCCAGACGUUAGGUAAUGUAUAAUAAUAAUAAAAUGUAUUAUAUCAUAGCUAGACUUAAAGAAAUUGUAUUCGAAUUGAAAAUGAAAGAAAUUCUUAGGAUAUCAUAUUCCUUUUUACUUUUAUUUACUUUUAAAAGGUUUUGUUUGAAUUUUGCAAUAAUUUAAUGACACAUUUUUCUGUGUUCUAAUUAAGUAUACCUAUAAGUUUAUAUCGUACCUGGAACAUGUAUUUAUAUUUAUUAAUAUCUACUAUGUAUUUAUUGUAUGGUCUACUUUUUUACUGUGAUUUUUCCACAAUUUACAAUUCUGUAGUUUAUUAAGAUUGAAAAUGAAAGCAGCAAUGUACUUGUCAAGUACCACUUGGGUUGAUAGCGGCGUGGUUCGAGUGGAAACCCUCAUUUCGUACGUUAUACCAACCAUUUAGUGUUUGUCUACCUCAUUUCGAAGUUAUUGAACAUGCUCAAACAGAAACCUCCCACGUUGUUAGCUAUCUUCUAUCCAUUAACCUGUAUAUAUCAAGGAGACAUGACAUGUAAUGGUUUUGGUCCUGGCAGCCCGGCAACCGCAACGCUCGUUAAUGCCAAUAGUCGUACGUCUAUCCACGUAGAUAGCAUUCGCUGCGUCUAUUGGUUGAAACCGUCGAUAUAAUUCGUGCGGAGCGCGGCGCGGUUGCCGUCCUGUACAUGCUUAUUUAUUAUUAUUUUACACUGAACUUCGAUAGACCUUCGAAAGCGUCUUAUUUUUCUAUUAGGUUUAUAAUAUGUUAAUAAUGUCACUACCACUAUGUACUGUUUUACAAAAUACAAGAAGACAUUUAUUUUUGGUUACAAAUUAUUAUAAAUAGGGGACCUGAAUGCAACUAGAUGAUUCCUCUGCCCACCAAUCUUUAAAUAUUAAUUUGUUUUCACUAUACUGUUUUGAAUUAUAUUUUUAUUGCCUGGACGGACAAAUGCAGAUAUUGUUUCAAAAAACUAAUAUCUAGUUUUUAUAAAUAUUUGAAAAGGAAACGUUAUAUUGUGGUAUAAUCCUAAUUUAUAAUAUGAUUUACGGUAUACCGUGUGUUUUGUGGAUUUAUUAAAAAUAUAUUUUUAAUAAGAAUGAUCCCAAUUAUUUAGUGUACUUAUUAGUGGACAUAGUAUUUCAGGAUAUACCUAACUGUGUACUUACGAUUUCAGUGUUUGUUUUGCCGUACUUAGACUGAUUGUACACUGUAGAAGUAGGAACUAACUUAUAUCAUUUACAUUGAUUGUGCUAUUUUGUUUAGAUAGGUAGAUACUUAACGUUUAGUAACUUACGACUGAUUUAUCAUACAUUAAACCAUGUUUUAUUGAAA